AUGCCUCCAAGAAGAAGAAGAAGAGAUGCUGCUGCAUCAGCAGAACCACAGCGCGCCACCCCAGCGGGGGAUAUGUUCCACUGGUCCAUCCUCUUCCCCGCCGCCCAUUGGGAAUCGGCCCCUCAAGGCAAUGAAUGGGAUGACCUUGACGUGUAUAACCAAAUCCAGAGCAACAGGUGGCUUCAGGCACGGAGAGGACGCGGCGAUACAAAAGGAUUCCUCCUCAUCAAACAGCUUGCUCCUCUUAACCGACUCCUGCUUGUCCAGGACUUGCAUACCGAGGAAUUACUUAUCAACAAGCGCGUACGCAAGUACCUGAAGAGUUCCCACCUGGCGACCUUAUACCGUGAUCGGAAGAAAACCUUAGCACAACGCUUGCCAUGGCGUUUGCAGAUGUACGCCCACCCAAUCCCUGGCGAUAUUCGCUUCGCUCGGCUUGGCGACCGCCGCGACCCGCGUGUCGAGUUGCACCUCCCUGAUGAACCCUACUUCCAGAAAUUGUACGCCUAUGGUUUUCCUCACGACCUGAUGGAUGGGAAUCUGGACCAUGGUAUGGUCGAGAGAGAUGGCGAGGUCAGAGAGGAAGUUUACAACGCCUCUCUGUACUACGAAUACUUGAACGGCGGCUCGCUCGAGCACGCAAUCAUGCGUAUCAACAGGGGAGGUCACGGUAGCCAGUACGUCGAGGAACCGUUUAUCUGGCACCUCAUAGAGCAGCUCGCGCGAGCCCUCCUCUAUCUGCACUGGGGCGUUGAACGCGAGGGGAACGAACGCAUCAAGGUGGAGGACGGAAAAAGGAUACCCCGCAACUGGCAGGCAGUCUGCCACCGAUGGUUGACAAUGGACAACAUUAUGCUGCAUUGGCCGGAGGAGGGCGAGGAAGGGUACGAGGAGAGCGUGGAUGGCCGGCUUCCGCGAGUGGUGCUGACCAACUUUGACAACGCGGCAAGGAAAGGUGAACAGCCUCACGACAAUGGUAUCAUUCACUUUGGCCGCCUGUCGUUACCCAAGGAACGCAUCAAAGAGGCUAGAUAUGGCGUGAGCCCCAGGGAUCGAAUCUGGCAAAUGGAAGAGCCGGACACGUGGCAGGAUAUCUAUGCCAUGGGGAAGCUGUUGCGGCGGAUCAUAGUAGACAGAAACAGAAGAGGAGAGGACAUCCCAAGAGAAGGCCAAAAGAACUGGUUCAAUGUCGAGGAUUACAGCUUGACGUCCUAUGCGCAAAGCGAAGGCGGGCCUUACUCCUAUGAGCUCAUCAAGGCGAUACGAUGGUUUGAGAGCACGAGACCAAAUGAUGAGAAUGAGUUUGCCAGAUGGUCGGGCAACGCUCGGUUUACUGAAGCCGAAAAGCCUGGUCCUAUGAAUUCUGAUGCUGGCUUAGAGGACAUACUGAUAGAGGAUGCCGAGUCUCAGGUCAAGACAUUCCGGGAGAAUCGACCACCCGUUGCCGAAGGCAAAGUUAGCAUCGCAACGGUCCGACCACCAGACCUGAAGCACUAUCUCAUGCCGUUCCGGACCAGAAAGAUUCGGGAGAACGAGGCGGAGGAGGAGAUGCAAGAGAUGAUGAAGUCGCUGAACGGGCCCGCCUACAAGGUCCUGGUCGAGUACGGCCCGGAGCAUGAGAACGCUCGUCUGGCUAAGACGGAUAAGAUGAGGGAACUCGAGGAGAAGCCGUUUCACGGUCGUAGCUUCCAACGUGGUAACGAGAACGGGUUGCGUCAACGUCAUGGGAGCGUGGGUGUGAUUGCCUGCGAAUUCCCGUCGUGGUUGCCAAGUCAAGGCUUGUGA